AUGGAGCCUCCAACGGGAAUUUUGGCUUCUCUUUGGCAAUUUAUACUCUUUCUUCCUUAUUUCACUGGAUUACUCCUCCUCGGUGUUAUUAAAGGUAUCAUCCUCUGUCCGGUUAUAUGCCUUAUUGUGGCUAUUGGAAACUUUGCAAUCAUCUUAGGACUUUUACCGGUACAUGGGAUUUGGACGUUAUAUUCGAUAUCGAGUGCUAAACAAUUAGGACCAAUCUUGAAGAUCUUUCUGUGUUUAUGUAUUCCUCUCGGCGUUAUUCUCUGGCUUGUGGUUAGUAUCGUAGGAAGUGUUCUCGGAGGAGCUAUAUAUGGUUUUCUUUCCCCGAUAUUUGCUACCUUUGAUGCUGUUGGCGAAGGGAAGUCUAAUCCGCUAUUCCAUUGCUUUUAUGAUGGAACUUGGAGCACUGUUCAAGGCAGUUUCACCGUUGUCUAUGAUUUUAAAGAUGUUUGCUUUCACUCCUACUUUUCGUUUAUGGAUGAUCUUAGAACAACUAGAGCAGAUCGUCAUUAUUAUGAAAUAAGGUUACUUCAAAUUCCAGGUGCUGUAAUUGUUGCGGUUCUCGGAAUUCUUGUUGAUUUCCCGGUGAUUUCACUGAUAGCCUUAUGUAAAAGCCCGUACAUGCUGUUCAAAGGCUGGCGCCGUUUGUUUCAUGAUCUCAUUGGACGUGAAGGUCCUUUCUUGGAAACAAUGUGUGUCCCAAUCGCAGGCCUCGUGAUCUUACUCUGGCCUUUAGCUGUUGUUGGUGCGGUUUUAGGAUCAGUUGUCUCUAGUGUCUUCCUUGGUACUUAUGGUGGUGUAGUCUCAUAUCAGGAGUCAUCGUUCUUCUUCGGUCUCUGCUAUGUUGUUGCUUCUGUUUCUAUUUAUGAUGAGUAUAGCAACGAUGUUCUUGACAUGCCCGAGGGUUCUUGCUUUCCCAGGCCAAAGUACCGAAGAAUUGAAGAGGGUGCUAGUACUGCAUUUACUGGUGUUCUUUCAAGACCAAACUCUUUCAAGACAACUCCAUCAAGAGGAGGAUCAAACAAAGGCCCAAUGAUUGACCUGAAACCACUUGAUCUUCUGGAAGCUCUUUUUGUGGAAUGUAGGCAGUACGGAGAGAUUAUGGUAACGAAAGGGAUUAUAAAUUCAAAGGACAUCGAAGAAGCUAAGUCUAGCAAAGGCAGUCAAGUGAUCAGCAUUGGCUUACCCGCUUAUUCUCUUCUUCACGAGCUUUUACGCUCCAUCAAAUCCAAUUCCACCGGUUUGCUACUUGGUGACGGUGUAACGGAGAUAACUACAAAAAACCGUCCAAAAGAUUUGUUUUUUGAUUGGUUUUUGAAUCCGUUUUUGAUCCUUAAAGACCAGAUCAACGCUGCGAACUUAUCCGACGAAGAAGAAGAGUAUCUUGGAAAACUGGUAUUACUAUUUGGAGAUUCAGAGAGGCUUAAAAGCUCCAUUCUUGACUCUGAACUUCCUCCUCUAACCGAACUCAGAAAAGCCGAACUUGACGCCUUUGCUCGCAGGCUUCAAGGACUGACCAAAUCAAUAUCAAGGUAUCCAACAUUCAGAAGACAUUUUGUGGAACUUGUCAAGAAACUAUCAGAUGAUCUAGACAAGAAGCAUAACCGCUUUGAAAGCGGUUCAAGAUCAGUUCCGCGUCCUGGGAAAACUGUUUCUCGGAUUUUCAGUCAGAAAUCGUUCAAGAAAAAGACGAGUAGCAAUGGUUCAGAUCAAGAUUCACCAAACAGUGGCUUAAGAGGCAUUGAUAUUGUGUAA